AUGUUCAGUCCAGAAAAUGAUCAUCACCCGAUCAAAGCUAACGCUAAACCUUAUCAAAUUGUCAUGCUGUGUAGUUUUUCAGUGGCUAUUGGAAUAGGCUAUAGUGCCCAAUCUGCUUAUGUAACACCUAUUUUAGCUGAAUUAGGCAUGCCUGUACGUUACUUGACUUAUGUUUGGAGUUUCAGCCCUAUCGUUGGUCUGAUUACCCAACCUUUUAUUGGAUCCAUGUCAGACGGAUGCACCUCAAGAUGGGGUAGAAGGCGACCAUUUAUUUUAGCUUUUGCUAUCGGCACUUUGAUUGGUCUACUACUACUAGGCUUCGGUAAAGAUAUCGGAUUAGCUAUAUUGCCCGGUAAGACAAGCGUAGCAAUCGCUUUAGUUCUUAUAGGCAAUGGAAUUCUUGAUUAUAGUUCAGAUGCAAGUCAAAGCCCAGCUCGAGCCUAUCUAUGCGAUGUAACACCAGAAGGGCAAGAACAACGAGCUCAUAGAAUCUGUACUAUUUUAAUGGGUUUAGCCAAUGUUGUUGGUUUUUGUAUCUGUGCUAUCGAUUGGGAUGAGUUAUUUACGCGCGAUGAUGGAACUGUUCCGAUAACAUCCGUUCAAUUUGUUUUCCUUCUUAGUGGCAUCUUGUCUACCAUAGCCUUUAUAGUUUGCAUAUUUAGUGUUCGCGAAAUUCCUUUAUCAAAAGUCGACAAGCAAAAGCAGAUAAAAAGGGAACAAGACAUUGCAGAUAAUCGACCUACUGCACAGGAUAAUGACGUCAAAGUCAUUACUGAAAACGAAGAGAAUGACUGUAAUGAGCAACCCGUUUCUUGCUUACGUUCUGUUUAUAAUGGAUUUGUCCAAUUGCCUAAGGAAUUACUGGUUUUAGUCAUUAUGAAUACACUAUCAUGGACUGGUUUCAUGACUUUUAUUCUUAUCUACACCGAUUAUAUUGGUAUCGUGAUCUAUAAUGGAGAUCCAACCGCUGCAGUUAAUACUACUGAGUACGCAUUAUAUACUGCUGGUGUGAAGACAGGUAGUUGGGCUCUUGUUGGUUAUGCUGCUAUGACUGGAGUUUAUGCAUUAUCUCUUGAAAUUAUCGAAAGAUACGUUAGUGUCGGUGGUCUAAUAAUUUUAAUGUCUCAAAUAAAUUCUCUUCCAUUAGCUGUAACUAUCAGUUGUAGUCUAGGUAUCAGUUUUGCUACAAUGUUUUCCAUACCGUAUGCCUUAGUAGGCGAAUAUCAUUCAUUUUCAAGUUUUACUAAUGAUACAAGUUAUUGCAAUAGAUUGAAAGAUAGAGGUUUUGGCGUCGAUUCAGCUAUAUUAAAUUCUUGCUUCUAUGUAGCUCAAUUAGUCGUUGCAUUCAGCGUAGGUGGUAUCAUUGAGGCUGCUGGAAGUAGAAACGCAGCCGUUUUAUUUGGUGGAGUUUGCUAUGUAGCUAGCGGAUUAAUGUCAAUUGGAAUAACUUCGGUGCCAAAAACCGAAUGCGAAGAGACGGAAAGCGAACCAAAAUCACCCAAAUUGCAAAUGUUACAAAAAGAAACUUCUAUUUAG